ACCCAGGUCACACCUGGUCACCUAAACUAAUGCAGUAUACUAAUUUAACACAUUUGUUAUUCUGCCCUCUGGACUUCCCUAAUCGCUUCCAGGUUGUUAUUCUUCCCUCUGCCAAACAUGCGUUUGUCAUAAGCAAACCAUUAACAUGUCUUAGACUUAUAAAACGACGUCACAUUCACAUGCGUUUGUCUUUGCAGGAUCUUUUUGUCUUUUACUCUACAUUUUGUUUUCUAGUGAUAAGCAUCGACAGAUGGAUACGAUACUAGGACGAAUUCCCACUCAUGACCGUACACGUGUCAAGGUAUAAAGUUUUGGAUCUACCUCAGCUCAAUUAGCACCUUUAGGUCACGAUUAUCGGCAUCUCCAAUCAGAUUCCACCCCCGACUUGUCCGAUCCAACGGCUCACACGCUUUCUGCCUCUCUUUCACCUCCCCCCAUAAAUUAGUUCUCACGCAUUGUAUCCUCCACCCGCCACAAACACACUAUCUCACAAAAUAGCGAAAGAUCGAAACCCCUGAAGCUGCUUCCAUCGUUACUAUGAAUGUGUUGGAAUCUCCAAUUGAUGCUCUAGCUUUCGGCUAUGUGAGCUAUGGGGUUCUCAAUAUAGUCAAUAAUCUAUGGACCUGGGUCGCCUUUGUAACGGCGGCCGUUAGCUUCUGGCGAAUCCGAUCAGCCGGAGCCGUAUCUUCUUCCGUGAAAUGUGUCCCACCGAUUUCUCAGAAGGCUCGCGAGGUGCUACCUCAAACGGACAGACCGGUUGAGAAUCAGAAUCCUCGAUUUCAAACUUCGGCUCCAGCUCAAUCUCCAGCUCCUGCUGCUGCGGCUUCGAGUGAGGCGGUUAGCGGUUUUGAAGUUAACGGAGUGUCGAGAGGGAAAUUUACGGUGUUUUACGAGGAUGAGGGAGAAAGUGAUGGCGGGUUAACGGGCGUUAAACUGUCGGAGUAUGAGGAGAGUGAGGUGUUGUGCAGUGAGUGGUGGGAGAGUUGGGAGCGAGUUUUGAGGACGAGAAGGGGAGAGAGGAGUUGGUACAGUUACCAGGACUUGACGGUGAUUAACGGUAACGUCGUCAGGUUAUGGGAUGGUGGUGUUUGGAAGGAAAAGUACAGCUCACGCGGCGCUGUUUGGUAGGAUGGGUUAAGCUUAUGCGGGGUAAAAUGCAAAUUUUAAUAAUUUAUGUUGGUUGGUUAGGAAUUAUGAUGCCAAAUGUAUAUAUGCAACUUUUGUUUGGUGUAACCACCCCUUGAAACUAGACCAAUGAACUCAAUUGUUUGUUUUAAUCGAGAACGAUAUUAUACAAAUUUAUUUUUUGAAUA